AGUGUAGUGUAGUGUAGUGUUUUCAAUGUAUCUAAUUUAUGGAUACUAUUUCGUCUAUUUGAAUAAUAAAUUAUCUAAAAGCGAAAUUGAUGUUGUGCGUCUGUUGUAAUCACAUCAUCUCGGUCAUAACCUUGUCCAAAUUCCGAUAAACAUAAUACAUUAUCAACGACGAAUUCAUCAAAAUAAUGGCGAUAUAUAAAUUUCAAGUUACGAGAAAAUGUUCCAUUUUUUAUUGGUUUUAUUAAUUUUUAGUGAAAAUGUCGAUUCACAAAGAUAUAGAACAAUUUACCAAAAAAUACAACAAGAAAGAGAAUACGCAGAAUUUAAAACUUUGAUCAAAAACAACACAGUCGCUCUACUAAAUCUGCAUUAUGAUCAACUCACGGUUUUCGUCCCUCUAAAUGCCUCUUUUAAACAUUCAAAAGUGAAAUACAGUCCUAAUGUAGCUUUUUAUCACAUGAGUUUUGAAGUAAUAACGCUUGAAAUGCUGUACAAAAUCAAUUCUAUACCUACAGUUAUAUUAGAAAAUCCCCCUUUAUGGAUAACUCGAUUUGCUGGAGAUAUAUAUGUCAAUAAUGCGAAAAUUAUACAGGACAAGUCAGAUUAUUCCGCUAGAAGUAGAGCGGGGGAUAUGGGAAAGCAGCAGGUUCUCCAUGUGAUAGAUUCGGUACUGGAUCCCAUAAUAACAGAGACCCCAACAACAUCCCCCACGGCUUAUGACUUUUUAAAUUCUAUAUCUAAUUGGAACCUUGGUACGGAUAUUACCGUAUCGAAUUUUUUAACGAAAAUACAGGAAACUAAAGUACAAUACGUAUUUAAACAAAACUCCGGAUAUACAUUUUUCGUACCGAUAGAUUCCGGCAUAGGACCUUACAAGUUCAAGAUGAUUAACAAACAUAUUAUUUUCGGACAUGUUAUACCUUUUCAAGUGCUAUUCACUAGACCUACGCCUAGGAAAUUCGCUUACGAAUCUUUAGCCAAUGACGAGACGGUUUAUAUAGUUUUGUCCUUCGAGCAAAUACAGAAAAAGUUGUUUGUUAAAGGGACGAUGAGAGGAAUGCUUGGAGACGGGGAUUUUUAUUCCGAAGUUUUAGUACCGAAUAUUCCUGUUAGAAAUGGAGUGGUACAUUUGAUCUCACAACCAUUAGGUAUUUACUCGAGGAAUCUUAAACCGUUUCCGUACCUAUCGGUAUUAGAAAAAAUUACUCUGGAUCCAAAUACGAACGUAUUUUAUGAAAUGGGCGAAAGGACGGGUUUCAACGAUAUAUUUUCCAGGAAAAACGUCACUUUCACUUAUUUUGUUCCUAAUGAUCUGGCCUGGAAAAUAGCAGAGGAUAAUUAUUUGGAAAAAUUGGAUACGGACAUUCAAAUUUUAGGUCGUCAUUUAAUAUUAUCAUACUCGCCUUUUUCCAUAGAACAGUUGCUUUCGUUAACAAAGGCUAACAACUAUACAGAUAUAGAACUGAAUACCCCAAUAGGUCCUCUUAGAAUAAUGGUACUGUUAAUUAAUGGAGAUUAUUACUUGAAAUGGCAUAAUCGUUUCAUUAAAAUAAUUAGAACGAAUUACGAAUGCAGUGAUGGCAUUGUACAUGUUUUAGCAAGUCCUUUAGCCAAUUUUAGACGAAGGGAUGUCAACGACUUUGGAAAUAUUAUAGGGAGAUUUUUAGAUAAAAUUAGCGUGAUUUUGAAAGAUAAUGAAUUAGAAUGAAUAUAAAAAAAUGCAAUAAAACUUUAAAAAAAA